AAUAAAAGAAAUAUUUACCUAACAAUUUUUUAAAACAAAAGAAUCAUCUGUGAUGCAUUAGUCAUUAACGUUUUCUGAUAUUUUUUAAGUGUUUGAGAUUAUCAUUGUGCAACGAUGGAUUCCGAUCAAUUUAUUUCAUUCUUUCAAUCGUCUUUGAAUUCACCAACACUGGAUACAGAUUAUGUAUCGCAAUGGGACACUUUAGCUGCUCAACCAUUACCUCAACCUUUAUGUUCAAACCAAAGCCUAGCUCUUCUGAAGGCCUUUUGUUCCGAUGAAGAUACUGUUAAAAGUUAUUUACUUGAUGGCGAUCAAUUGGAUAAUCAUAACAAUUUAGGGAAACAAUUUCUUCAUUCAUCAAUAGGAACUCUUAGCUCUUUCAAAGAAAAUUGGUACAAAUGCAAUGACUCCGGCAACCCAUUCAAUAGCUUGAAUACUAUUGAAGGCCCAUCUCCAGUUGCAACUCCUAUCUCAUCAUACAUAUCUACUGAUCCACUGGCCGUCGAGUCUCUUUACCAGUCCAAGAUUCACAACACUUACGAUAAUCUGAAAUUGAAUUUUAUCGCACUCGUUAAACGUGGAUAUAAAUUGAGCUUAUCACUAAACACAGAUAACAGUGAAGUUGAUGAGCCCUGGAAUCCUGAUGUUAGUCAAAAAAUUCUGUCUGUUUCCUUUUCUUCAUUAAGUUUGAUAGCUGAAUAUUUAUCUGAUGAUACUAAACUAAAUGGAUAUGAAACACUAUUAAUGGACGAAGCUUGUGUCGCUUUUAAGGGUCAGAAAUGCAUGAAUUUGCUUGCAAAUUUAAAUGACAGGAGGCGAGCAAAAGCAAGUCCAGAUAAGCUCAUUUCAAUAUGUAAUGGAAUUAAAGGAUUCAGAAAAAUCGAAACCAGCGAUAAAAUAACUCUUUUAUCCAACAUAUAUUAUCAUCUUCACGCAAUGGACGGUAUUGUUAACUACGAUCCUACAAUUGACGGCUGGGAUGCUCCAGCAUCUGAUUUCAAAUUUGAUCGACGGGAUACAUUUCUCUUUAAUCCAUUCGCACACGAUGCCGUUGUUCAUGUAAUCGAAACCUUUCCCGAUCAAUUUAGAAAUGAUAUAAAUGUCAUUAUUCUCAUGUAUCUAAUCAUUAUUUUCAAUGGUGACAUAUCUGGAUUGAAACAUCCCGAAAUAAUCAGACAUGAACAAUUCUCGUAUAUUUAUUUACUUCGACGUUAUUUGGGGACAAUUUUUGAAUCUGAUUGUGAAGCCUCGGACAAUCAUUACAGGUUGAUGGCUAAAAUUGAGCAGUUGAGACUUUUAACUGCAAAAGCCAAGAAGGAGUUAUUUCUGCUACUAAAUGAGCCGAUGGAGGAAACCAUUUCAAAAGCAAUUACAGAAACAAAUAUGCCAUCAAUAUUUUGAAAUGCAUGAAGAAGUUAUCCUUAUAAGUCUCCUUAUAUCCGGUUGACUUUUUACUUCUCUCACAUUUGCUUGUCAAGAAAUCAAAAAUAGAUAAAAGUCUGGGUGGGAAAACUAUUUCUAAAUUUAAACGCCACAGUCAUUUAUCUAAUAAACUCCGAGCCACGUCUUAUGAUUUAUGUAAGAUGCAGCCGUAUGAAUGCUUCA